AUGUCCGACGUCGAGGUCUUUUCUUACGCCAAAACUGAAACUUUGGCUGCCACUUUGGGGAAAUACAUCCUCCGUCUUCAGAACGAGGUCCUCCUCAAAAAUGAAGUGUUCACGGUGUCCGUCAGUGGUGGAUCAUUGGUCAAAGUGUUGCAAUUGGCCCUUAUUGAAGACCCUGAGAUCUCAAAGAAGAUCCAUUGGGAAAAAUGGCACAUCUACUUCUCUGAUGAACGUCUUGUGCCUUUGAACCACCCAGAUUCUAACUAUAAGCUCUUCCAUGAUAAAGUGCUCGCCCCACUUAGUGAUGCCCAAGUUGCUGGGCCUGAAGUGUUCACCAUCAAUGAAUCCCUCGUGCAUUCUGGUGACGAUGCCACCGAUGUGAAAAUCGCCGAAGAGUACCAAUCUCUUCUUCCAAAGAGCUUGAGCUUUGAUUUGAUCCUUUUAGGGCUCGGGCCAGAUGGGCAUACCGCAUCUUUGUUCCCAGGUCACCAGGGGCUCAAGGUUGAAGAUAAAUGGAUCUUCAACAUCAAUGAUUCUCCAAAACCUCCGCCACGUAGAAUCUCUUUCUCCUUACCAUUAAUUUCCAAAGCCAAGAACAUUGCGUUUGUUGCUGAAGGUGCCGGUAAGGCUCCGGUGAUCAAGAAAAUCUUUGAAGAUCAAUCAUCUGGGUUGCCAGGUGAAUUGGUCAACGAUUUGCCAAAUAUCCCAAUCAAAUGGUUCGUCAGCAAUGAUGCCAUUGCCGGAGCACCAAUAAUUGUCUCAAUGUUUGAAUAG